AUGGAGAUUUUGGACAGCACGGGUGAAUUUGUGACUCGUGAUGACGCCAUGCUGAGUGAGCCCUAUGCAUCUGAGGCAGAGGAUGGUAAACCUGACCUGGUGCUUUCGAUUGUACAAUCUGGACACAUACUGGUAACCCAGGGAGAAGAGCUCCUGGGUGGCAUUUCUCUGCAUGGUGUAUCAGAUUCCUUCAAAAUACAGAGGAGAUGUGAUAAUCUGGUUGUCCAGUGCACUGUGAAGGGAGAGUGCCACAGAAUGAGGAUGCAGUUUAGUGGGAGCAGCAGGGAGGAGGCCCUUAAGGAGUGUUCAAGUGCCACAGCCAAACUGAGAGCGAACCUGUCUGUCACCACUCAGGCCGACGCCACGCCCACCCCCAACAGUGCACCACCACCACCUAAUCAGCCACCUGCUGAGGUCGCUGCACCAGUGACAAAGACAAGGCAGGCAGAAGUGAUGGGAGCCGAGUCUGAGGUCCAGGGAUCAGUGUCCACCAAGUAUCUUGCCCAGCAUUUCUUGGGAGAACGUAGUCUCUCUCUGCCUCUGGUGGACCGCCACUUUUCACUGCCACAAGGUGACCUGGAGCCAUUCCUGCGUGUCUGCUUGUUGGACCCCAGCUUUCCUGCCUUUGUUGAGGAGGUGGAGGAGCAGCUGAAGAAACUGCUUCAGGACUGA